AUGAUAGUGAGCUUUUGGAAUGUUAGGGGGAUUAAUAACCCCCUAAAGCAGGCAAAAGUGCUUAAGAGGCUGGAUUCUUGUGAAGUGGAUGUUAUUUGUCUUAUGGAGUCUAGGAUUAGAAGGGAUAAUUCUGCCAAAUUUUCCACUGUUUUUUCUGCUGAUUGGAAUUUAGUUGAAAAUUAUGAUUGUGUUGAUGGGGGCAGAUUAUGGAUUAUUUGGAAGAGGCAGCUGUCUUUUUCUGUGUUGAGAAGAUGCGAUCAGGCCAUCUCUAUUAUUGGCACUAUUGAUGGUUUUCAAACUGUUAUUACUGAUGUUUAUGAUAGCAACAGUGGUGGUACUAGAAGAGGUCUUUGGGAGCAUUUGAAGACUGUCGAGAAUGCUAUUGGAUCCUCUUCUUGGGUGAUUGGUGGGGACUUCAACAUAAUUGCCAGAGCUGAGGAAAGUUCAGACUUCGAUGUUAUGGGAGUUCAUAGUUCUACUGACAUGAAUGAGUUUCAGGACUGCUUGGAGGAGCUUGAUCUGAUGGACCAUCCUUUCCUUGGGCCUAUCUUCAUUUGGUCAAAUAGACAUGAGGGUUCUGCCAUGCAAGUUCUGUUUAGUAAAAUGAGAAGGCUUAAGCCUCUCUUAAAAGAGCUCAAUAAGGAGUUUUAUUCUAACAUCUCUGGUAGAGUGGAGGGUAAAAGAUCUGAGUUGGAGCAAAUUCAGCUUUUUAAUUUGACUCAUGUUGAGCAGAGAAGAGUUGAUGAGGAGAAAAGAGUCUAUGAUGAGCUUAUUAACUUGGAAGUAGCUGAGUCUGAGUUCUAUAGACAGAGAACUAAGAUGCAUUGGUUGAAUGAGGGAGAUCUCAAUACUAAAUUCUUCCAUCAGAGGGUCGAAUCCAAUAAGAAAAGAAAUACCAUUAGAGUAAUUAAAGGUGAAGAUGGUCAAUUUUAUGACACUUUUGAGGGCAUGGCUGCUGAACUAGUUAAGGAGGCCUUGUUUAAGCAAGGUAAGGACAAGAGCCCGGGUCCUGAUGGGUACACCUCUGGGUUUUUCAAGGCUGCCUGGGACAUUUUAGGUGCUGAUUUCACUUCUGCUGUGAGUCAGUCAGCCUUUGUUAAAGGCAGGAACAUUGUUGACAACACCUUGCUAGCUCAGGAAAUUGUUAAAGGCUAUUCUAGAAAGAGCCUUUCUCCUAGAUGUGCAAUCAAAGUUGAUUUACAGAAGGCUUUUGACUCUGUUAGUUGGGAUUUCUUGUUGAAGGUUCUUGCUGCUAUGGGUCUCCCUUGUACUUUCUGUAAUUGGAUUAAGGCCUGUAUUACUACACCUAUGUUCUCUCUUUCUUUAAAUGGUAGCUUGGUGGGGUUUUUUAAAGGAGGUAGGGGGAUUAGGCAAGGAAAUCCUUUAUCUCCUUACCUAUUUGUUUUAGCCAUGAAUGUUUUGUCCUCUCUCUUAGAUGCUGCUGCUAAGCAUGGUAUUUUUAAGUUCCACCCUAAAUGCAGAAGAAUAUCUCUCACUCAUCUCUGCUUUACGGAUGAUCUGCUUGUUUUUUGUCAUGGCUCUUUGGGCGCUGUGUUGGGAGUGCAAUGCACUUUAGAUAAGUUCUAUGAGCUUUCGGGUCUUAAACUGAACGCCCAAAAGACAGAAUUAUAUGCUUGUGGUGUGAACAUGUUUGACUUGGAACAGAUCAGAAUGGCUAUUGGGUUCAGGGUGGGACAACUUCCUGUGAGGUAUCUUGGUGUUCCCCUGGUGACUCGCAAGCUCAUUGGCAAAGACUGUGAAGCACUUCUGACCAAGAUAAAGGACAAGCUCAGGAUUUGGUCUAACAAGAACCUGAGUUAUGGUGGUAGGCUCCAAUUGAUUAAAUCUAAAGGCAGCGAUUCUUCUGCUAAAGGGGCUCGUGUGGGUUGGAGUCAUAUUUGCUCCUUGAAGUCUGAGGGUGGUUUGGGUCUUCGAAGCCUUGUGAUGUGGAAUAAAGCUUGUUGUUUGCUCCUUAUAAAGAACAUUUUGGCUAAUGAAGGCUCUCUGUGGAUUGCCUGGAUCAAUGAAUAUUGUUUCAAGUUAGUUAGCUUUUGGGAUGUUGAGUGUAAAGCUCACUUCAGUUGGAUCCUGAGCAAGCUUUUGAGUAUGCGUGAGGAGGCUAGACGUUUAUUCCUCCCUUGUCCCAACUGGAGUCUUAUUAAUGACAAAUGGAUCUGGGACAAUAUCCGGGAUUGCAAGGCAAAGGUAAACUGGCAUAGACUGAUCUGGUUCCCUGCUCACAUUCCAAAAUUCUCCCUUGUCUCGUGGAUGGUCAUUCUCGACAGAUUGCCUACUAAAGACAGGCUUGUUCGGUUUGGUUUGGAUAUUGACAAUGUAUGUGGUUUGUGUGGCUCUGGUAUUGAAUCUCGAGAUCAUCUUUUUGCUGAAUGCCCUUUUGCAAAAGAAGUGUGGGGAAUUGUUUUAAUUGCUUAUGAUAUUCGUUAUGACCUUAACAGUUGGGGUGACAUUUUCAACUGGUUGAUUGUAAAAUUGAAGGGCAAAUCCAUCAAAGUCCGUAUCAUGAAGUUGGCUUGGACUGGUCUGCUGUAUUUUGUCUGGGAGGAGCGUAAUCAUAGACUCUUUCGAGGCUUGACUCGCUCGGUUGAUAUAGUCGUAAAUAGCAUAAAAGAGGUUGUUAGAGCCAAGUUGUGUAGAUUUGGAUGUCCUAGGAUUGAGGAUGUUAAUAGCCAUUUAUACUUGAACUGGGGUCUGUAUUGA